GUUGCGGCAUAGAGUCGCCUUCAGACUACAGUUCCCAGAAGUCCGCUGGAGAAGUGCUUCCGUCGCUCCUCCUCAGGACCAGAAUUCCCAGAGACUCCACGGCUUGUCUCUUUUUGCUGGACCUCUUCUAGCGCCGUCUACGUAGUGGCCAGCCAGUAGGCCCACUGUGACGACGUGGUCGGUCGUGACCGGGCGCAAGGUUUCCUCUGCAGCUUGGCUUGCUGUCCCCUCAGAUCUCCCCAGGCAGGCUGUAGCGGCUGGCCUGAGCGGUGACCUGGCGGGCCGCGCCUGCGCCCUGCUCUGUUUCCUGCCUGGCUGGUGGCGGCGGCCAUUUUAUUCAUCCUCCUCCUCCUCCUGCUCCUCCUGGUUGGAGCGCAGUGUCCGGAGCAGGCUGGGGGGAGAGAGCCCAAGAGCGGGGUUCGGUGCCUUUUCCUCUGUCCCCAGACGGUGCCCAGAGCCCCCCGCCCCCUCCCCCCCACCCCCUCCCCUCCCCAGCCCUGCCCUCCCCCUUGUCCCGGGAUCGCUCCGUCGCACCCACCAUGAUGGAAGACGACGGACAGCCCCGGACUCUAUAUGUAGGUAACCUCUCCAGAGAUGUGACAGAAGUCCUUAUACUUCAGUUAUUCAGUCAGAUUGGACCCUGUAAAAGCUGUAAAAUGAUAACAGAGCAACCCGAUAGCAGAAGGGUCAACUCUUCUGUUGGAUUUUCUGUUUUGCAGCAUACAAGCAAUGACCCAUAUUGCUUUGUGGAAUUUUAUGAACACAGAGAUGCAGCUGCUGCAUUAGCUGCUAUGAAUGGGAGAAAAAUUUUGGGAAAGGAGGUCAAAGUAAACUGGGCAACAACACCAAGUAGCCAGAAAAAAGAUACUUCCAAUCACUUCCAUGUGUUUGUUGGGGAUUUGAGUCCAGAAAUUACAACAGAAGAUAUCAAAUCAGCAUUUGCUCCCUUUGGUAAAAUAUCGGAUGCUCGGGUAGUUAAAGACAUGGCAACUGGAAAAUCCAAGGGCUAUGGUUUUGUAUCUUUUUAUAACAAACUGGAUGCAGAAAAUGCAAUUGUGCAUAUGGGAGGUCAGUGGUUGGGUGGUCGACAGAUCAGAACUAAUUGGGCCACACGUAAACCACCUGCACCAAAAAGUACACAAGAAAAUAACACUAAACAAUUGAGAUUUGAAGAUGUGGUAAACCAGUCAAGUCCAAAAAAUUGUACUGUGUACUGUGGAGGAAUUGCUUCAGGGUUAACAGAUCAGCUUAUGAGACAAACAUUCUCUCCAUUUGGCCAAAUUAUGGAAAUAAGAGUUUUUCCAGAAAAGGGCUAUUCAUUUGUCAGAUUUUCUACCCAUGAAAGUGCAGCCCAUGCCAUUGUUUCAGUGAACGGUACCACGAUUGAAGGACACGUGGUUAAAUGCUAUUGGGGUAAAGAAUCUCCUGAUAUGACUAAAAACUUCCAACAGGUUGACUACAGUCAGUGGGGCCAGUGGGGCCAAGUGUAUGGAAACCCGCAACAGUAUGGACAGUAUAUGGCAAAUGGGUGGCAAGUACCGCCUUACGGAGUAUAUGGACAGCCAUGGAACCAACAAGGAUUUGGAGUAGAUCAAUCACCUUCUGCUGCUUGGAUGGGUGGAUUUGGUGCUCAGCCUCCCCAAGGACAAGCUCCUCCCCCUGUAAUACCUCCUCCUAACCAAGCUGGAUAUGGUAUGGCAAGUUACCAAACACCGUGAGCUGGGACUCUAAACAAAAUUGUAAUUCUUGAUAGGCUUCAAUUUCCUGUGACACUCUGAAGACAUGAACGUAGACAUCGGAAAAUGAAAAUAUUUAUUUUAAAAAUUGAAAUGUUUGGAACCUUUAGCACAGCUUUGCUUGGGUGAAGGACACAUGUCUUCUAGUUCUGCCUUUUUAAGUUUUUGUUCAUGAUGGAUAUGAACAUGAUUUUUCUUUGUGUACAAAAACUAAAAUAAAGUCAAUAAAGACAAUUCUGACUACAAAUUUUGAUAUAAUAGGAGAAAUGGGUAAUACAUUUUGAUUCUUAGAUACUAUUCCAUUUUUAUCUUGCUGUUCAGUAUUUUAACUCACUGUGUUUUUAAAAGAGCAAAAAAGGGAGGAUCGUGAAAAACUGGGAAUCACAUAAAUUCAUCUUGAAUCCUGGUACUCCCCUUCCCUCCCCUGAGGUGGACCACAUUUGAAGUCAGCAGAAAAAGUAUGAUACUCAGAAGAAAUGGCAUGAUUUUGGAAUCGCUUUGGAGGAAAAUUUACUUUCUCUAUGCCUAAAGAAGCUGAAGCCAGACUGAAAUUUUGCGACCCAAAUAAGGAACAGCGUUGUCUGAGUUCUUUGAGCAAAUGGCGGUCCACAUUUAAGACAUAUUUUUAAAACUUUAAAAAGUGUUGAUUAUUAAAGCUGUAGUAUAUUACAUUUCAUUGGGGGGGAGAUUCCAAGUAUGGUGUUUGUAUUAAAGUCAGACAGUCAUACUUGUGCUUUUACAUGAAGUUCAAAUGAUAUACAUUGUAAAUACUGAAUAACUACAGUGUUCAAAAAGCAUGCUUCAACAUAGAAGUAGCAACAGUGUAAUUAUUUGAAAUAACACUUAACACACUCCAUUGCAUUGAAUGCAGUGGGUUAAUGAGGAUGUUUUAAGACCGACAUUUCCAAGGUUGGCUAUAUAAAUUAAAACGACACAUCCUAUACAGAAAAAGCCUUAAUUUUAAUUUCAUACAAAUCUGAGUACAUUCUAAAAUGUCAUUAGAUAUUUUUCUUUUUGCUUUGCAUUAUUUGGUAUGUAAAUACCUUGAUUAAAGCCUUGUAAGUUGGUUUCAAGGUUGCUAUAAAUUGUAUAGCACAAGUGUUUUUAAAAAUCUUAGGGUGUUUUUAAAAAUUAAAUAUAUUUUGCCCAGAAAUUUUUUUAACAAGAUUGCUGAAACAUCUUAUUUAGACAGUUUGAUGUACCAGUUUAUAAUUGGAUGUUCAGUUUAAGUAGUACACAAAGUUGUGACUUCUAAUUUUUUUUUUCCUGUGGGAAGCGUGCAUGGGAUGGUGAUCCUGAACAGAGCCUUGAGUAGUAUGUGUGCCGUUUGUAAAUGAAUCCGUUGGGAAAAUGGAGAAGAUUGAGGUUUGUUUCCAAGGUAUUUUUCAGCCUACAUGGAUAAAAUCUGCCUCAAAUUUAUUAAAAAAUGGGAAUGUAAAAUAG